AUGGAUGAAUAUUACCCUCCUCCUAAUCCUGCAUGGCCUGCUGGAAACUCUGGAGGGGGCAGGCCCAACAUUGACCUCAAUCAAUCAAUGGGGUCAAGGGUGGGGCCAUACCAGGGACAGGCCACUAAGCAGGAAGCAGGGGUUGGGCAUACAGGGAUGACAGACAUGCAUGCAAAUGGAGACAUCACAACACCUAAUGGAAUGGCCAGUCUACCUGUAAUGGCUGCUAACUUGCCAAUGGAAAUGUUCAAUCAAGCUUUCAAUUUCGAGGCAGCCAUGCGAAACCCAAUGUUUGCACAAAAUGCAAUGAUGAUGGGAAUGAUGAGUUCACAAACAGAGAAAAAACCUGUGAAAGAUGCAACUAUGGAAAUCCUUGAACAGCAACAGACCAUGGAACAGGCUCGACUAUUGCAGCGUUUCAAAGAGCUGCGUUCUUGGCAGUUACAGCAGCAAGACAUGCUAAUGAAACAACAGCAAAUGCAGUUGAAUGCGUUGAAGUCAGAACAGGAGCGAACACAGGCACUGAUUGCAAAACAACGAGACUCCCAAUGGGGGAAACAGAACGGACAGACAAAUAAUCCCAUGUCACCCACUAAGACUCCACCCAUCAGGCAACGAGGGCAGGGACCAGGGUUCCCACCCAUGAUGCAAAAUGGCAGCAUGCAGCGGCCCCCUAACCUACAGUCUGUACCACAUACUAGGCCUGAGCAAGCUGGUGGUGUGCUACCUUGUCCAGUGAUGUAUGUGAAUCUUGAUGAGGAAAAUGAUGAAGUAAAAACAAAUCCAGACUUGUUCAGUGACACCAAUUCAGCGACAGGAAGUCAGGCAAUGACAGAUGAGUUCACUAACCUGGAAUCGGUGUCAGAGGUCGGAGAACAGAACAAUGUGAUGGUAAAUCAAGCCUCUCAUCGACGUGGAAACCAUGGAAAGACUUUAGCACCCUCGCAGGUGUACCAGUCAAUGCCAUCUCAGGGUCACAUGGCUCCAACUAAACCAGGCAGAAAUCAGGGGAAAUUAGACAAAAAUAAAAUGUCUGCAGCAACGUGUAGCCAUGAUUUAGAGAUGGAUGAAGGCAUUGGAACCUUACGGUCACCCAGUUCACCUGACCAUCCAUCAAAAUGUCCAGUACAAAUAGAUUAUGAUCAUUUUGAUGGACGUGUAGCAGGAAAUGAAAGAGAUGGUGGCAUUGAUGAAUUGGAACAACAUCCGUUAGAUGAUGAUGAUGAGGAUGAAUCGGAGGAAAAUGAGAAUGAAGAAACUCUAGAAAGAGCAUACAAUGAUGAAGCAAUGCAGCCAGAUGAGAGACCAAUCAGGCCUGGUGUGGCAGGGAAGAAAACAUUUGAACAAUUGUUGGAAGAACAACUCAGAGAUGAAGAGAAAAGGUUGCGAGUUAAGGAGGAAGAGGAAUCUACACAGAGUCCAAGACGACCUUUCCUAAAGAGAGGACAGGGUCUGGCAAGGUUUGGUCUAAUCAAAGAAAAACAAGGAGGAUGUAAAAAGGAUGUCACCUCUGCUGGUCAUGAGAACAAAACUGGGCCAUCAUCUAAAGCCAGUAGUAAAACUUCAACUCAGUCAAUUAGUAAACCCACCGUGAAGUCUCCACGUGGUAAAACAAAGCAACCACAAGCAAAACUUGUUCUGAAGACAUCUCCUAGGAAUCAACUUUCUAAAAAUACCAACCAGUCAUCGAUAAGACCUAAAACUGGAUUUACCAAUCAGAAACAGGUUGACAAACAAGUUAGUGAUACAAACUUAACAGGAGAAAGUCAAAAGAUGGCUGAAAGUCGUUCUCAAGGAAAUCAUCAAGGCCAAGGUCAGCAUGACCCUAUUCAGAACAAGCAAAUCUUACCAAGUAGUCGUCAGUUGGAAAUUGAGGAUAUCAAGUCACGCAUACCCUCAAGGGCAUCAAGAACACCUGAUUCUAUUCCAGAUGACACCUCUUUUGUUGAAAAGUUGAAAGAACGAGAAAUAAAUGCUGAGUUUGAACAAGAAGACUUAGAUGAAUUUGAAAUGUUAGAGAAUUUCGCAGACAACGCCUCUUUCUGUAGUAACUCUUCAGUGGUUGUCAAGGUAAUGCAGCGUGAUCGCCUUCGACAAUUUCAACAGCCUGUUAGCAAAAAACAGCAGUCUCCCCGACAAUCAGUAGCUAAACAACUUGAAGCCACCAUUAAAAAGGAUCCACAGACUACACUAUCAGGACAAAAUGAGUCCAGAGUGCCAACCCAAAUGAGGAAAAUGUUACCACCUCAACAAGAAACAAAACCUAAACUUUCUCCAAGAAUUGAGGAAGAUGACGAAUCCUGGAGCGAUACAGAUAGUGAUGAAACUGAAACUGAGGACAAUGAAAACAAUAACGAAGAAGAAAGUUCAGAUGAAGAUGGAGAAAGUUCAUCAAGUGAGUCAGAUGAAGUGAUCGAAAGUGAGGUACAGAAGAAAAGGGAUAAUUUUGCCAGUUCUGCUCAGGCAGAAAAUGACAAUUUCAUACUACAUGGUCAGAAUGAUAAUAAUUCUGAUGCGGACUCAGAAACGUUUUUUCCACGAUCUCCGUCCAAAAUAAUGACAAGAAAAGUUGCAUCAAAGGAAGACCGAUCUACACUGAAUACUGUGUCAAGUCUAUUACAGAAACUAAAUCCUGGUGCUGUUUCUUCUCAAUCACAGUUUUCACAGGGAACAAUGGCCACACAACAGGGAUAUGUGUCGGCUAAUUAUGGACAACAAAACACAGAUAAUUUUAAUCUUAGUUUUAACUCAAGCUCAUACGUGCCACAAGCUAAAUCCCCAAUUGUAAUCUCACGAGAUGUUUUACCUCCAUCACAUGGUGCUUAUAGUUCUAAUUCUCUACCGCAAGUAAAAGAAAAAGUGACAAAAAUCGAAGAUGAAGAAGACACUGAUAAUGAUUUCCAAAUUCAUGGUAAAUUUUCUAGUCCCAGAAUUUCAUCAGACUUAUCAUCAAAAGAUGGAGAUGAAAAUUCUGGAAAUGAUAGUGAUACUUCAUACUCGGCUUUGAAAAUUAGUGCAAAGAGUUCAAGGUCACAGUUUCAGUCAUUUGUGGAAACAAAGCAAAAUUCAGGGAGUUUUUCACAGGGAGAAAGUGUUAGACAAAGAAAGGAGGAGGAAAAACCUGAAAGUGAACUGGAUACUGAUUUUGAUGAUGAUGAGGAGUGGGGAGAGACUACAUUGAAAUCAAAGUCGCCUCGCAAGAAUUUGGAGCAGGACAAGACAAAAACAGGUAUGGCAGGUGCUGCAGGCAGUGAUGGAACUCCUCCUACUUCUCAGCUCAUGACUCGACUGUUCCCAAAACUGAAACCACAGCCGUCCAAACUACAGCAACUACAGGAGCAGAAAUUGUCCACAAACAAUUCUGCCUCAUCCUCGGAUGGUGUCCAGUCCAAGUUACUCCGAGAGAAACUCUCUGAACUAGAAAAAGAGAUUGAGAAGUUCAGAAGCGAAAAUGCAAACUUAGAGAAAUUAAGAAAGGAGAGAGAAGAGGGGUUGACAAAGUUAAAGAAGGAAAUAGGAGACUUUGAGAAAGAAAAGAAUGCUGAACUCCAGCGAAUACAAGAAUACAAAAAAGAAGAAAUGAAGAAACUAAGGCAUGAGAAGAAAAUGUUUGAGAAGUACCAGAAAGCAUCAAGGGCAAUACCAGACAAGAAAGAACGAGAGGAAAUAGAGAUGCUGAAGAAACAGCUUCAGGAACUUCAAGAAGAAAUGAAAAGAAAAGACACACGUUGGACCAACAGCACAUCACGUUUACGAAGUAAAAUUGACCAACUAGAACAGGAGAAUGGGGAGCUGAAGGAAGAAAUCAAACUGAUGGAGAAAAAACGUUUAGAAUGGCUACAGCGAGAACAAACUGGAAAAGGAAACUCAUCAACUGGAAAGGAUAAUAUUCAGAUGUCCCGUGACUCCACAAAUUUCCGCAAUCCAAUCACGAGUUCUGCAGACUUCCAGAACACAGACUCAGAGGAAGAAAAGGAUCCAGUUCGAGAUCAGUCCAGCAGUCGAUCAUCAUUCCCUCCGUCCACUGUUCCUCAUGCAAUGUCAGGACAGAUGAAUCUCCGUCCAUCACAGUUCCAGCCUCAGGUUAACGUCCGAGCCCCUCCACCCUCUAUUUCCACGGGGACACAGGGGAUCAGACACCAGCAAACCCACCUAGGGGCAACAGCAGGGCUUAAUAAUCUCUCCAAACCUCCAGGAAAAAGUGGACAGGUAUCGUCCACAGGAAGUAGUCACUCCCAGCAGACAGCUAAUGUCCAGACUAGUCAGGCAUCUUCUACAGCUCAGUCCAAAAACCAUGCAGUUAUUUCAGGUGCUAGUGGUGGUCAGCAGAAACACACAGGUCAGAUAAGUGGUCAGUCUAAGUCUUCAGCCAACUCGUGGUCAUCUUCCUCUACCAAGGAAAGCAAUCAUCAGGACAAGACAAACAUGUUACGGACAUCACUGACCGAGGAUGUGCCCCGCCAAGUACUGUCAACAGCGGCGAUACCACAGGACACCAGUAUGUAUACUGAUACUGAAGAUUCCCGAUUUGGUAGCAUCAUGCCUAGAAAGACAGCUACAAAAUUUAACAUUGAUAAGUCAGCCAUUGACAAGGGUGACAGUCGAUAUGAUGAACUACAGCAUACAGAUGGAAAAGUGGAGCGAGUGUACAGAACGGGCGCCAGGGAGAUUCUGUUUUCUAAUGGCACUCGGAAGGAGAUCUCAGCUGAUGGACAGACAAUCAUAGUCUCCUUCUUCAAUGGUGACAUCAAACAGAUUAUGCCGGACCAGCGAAUUGUGUACUACUAUUGUGAGGCUCAGACAACACACUCUACAUACCCGGACGGCUUAGAAAUACUCCAGUUCCCAAACAACCAAGUGGAGAAGCACUACCCAGACAAGACUACAGAAAUCAUUUUCCCCGAUCAGACGAUCAAGUACUUGUUUCAAAACGGGUCAGAGGAAAGUAUUUUUCCGGAUGGAACAGUGAUCCGUGUAGACAAGAAUGGUGAUAAAACCAUGGAAUUUCCAAACAGACAAAGAGAGAUACACACUCAGGAUUAUAAGAGACGUGAAUAUCCUGAUGGAACAGUAAAGACAGUGUAUCCAGACGGACGGCAGGAAACCCGAUACUCUAACGGCAGGAUACGUGUGAAAGACCGGGACGGCAAUGUGAUUGUGGACAGACGUUGCUAGCAUUUGUGUCAUCUUUUCAUCCUUACUGUCAUCGUCAUCCUGGGCAGACUGUACUCUUUCUCCAGUGGUGCUUUAUCAUCAUCAUUGUCAUCAUCAUCAUCAUCAUGAUCAUCAUCAUCUGUAACUUCUUUCCAGAAUGCUUCUGUGACUUGCCUUCAGAAUUUUUGUACAUGUAUUAUUGACAUUAUCAGUGGAAGAACAAAUCACUGAAAGUAAUUUGACAUAUUUCUUCACUCAUCAUUGUUUCUGCAAUUUGUCUUUCAUUCCAUGUGUAAUCAUUGUAGUCUGAAACCUUUAUUUCCUCUUAUUUGUUAUAGAAAUAAUUAAUACGCAAAGUGACAAUUGUUAUUGUUUUGUCUCAGUU